AUGACGGACGCACUCAUUGGACUGCCAAUGCUCUCUUUCCUCCUGAUACCGACCAUGUCCUCCUACUCGACAUCCCUCAAUCUCUUGUUCUUCUACUUGACCUGGUCGACUCUGGUCCUCUCACACCCUCCGCUUCGAGUUGAGGUGGUCGCCUCUCUGGCGGUUAGGGUUUUAUUCUACAUCGCCCCUUCACUGUUCUUCUUGGGGUUUGACGCGCUCAUUCCCUCUGUGGCCGAAACCCUCAAAGCAUCGGGCGACUCCGCAUUGCCGUUCAAGAACGCCAAUCGAAAAAGGACACUAGCUAUGUUGCGCAUACUGGGCUGGUCGACCUUCAACAUUCUCCUGGGGGUUCUGGUUCAAGCCCUUGUGGAGCUCCUCUUUACACGCGUCCUCUUAUGGCGCUCUGCAUUGCGCGUGACGACAACCCUGCCUUUGCCAUGGGGUAUUCUCAAGGACCUCGCACGGGGAUAUCUCCUCCGCGAAAUCAUUGCGUACGUCCUGCACAGAUAUAUCCUGCACGACUGGCAUCAUACGGUUUCCCUGAGCAGGGCACAUCGAGACUGGUACCACGCCCUCGCCAACAUCUCCGCGCCUUUUCCCCUCAGCGCUAGUUACGACCAUCCGGUCGCCUAUCUCGUCCGCUCCUUCUUGCCGACUUACGUCCCUGCGGUGCUGUUCCGAUUUCACCUCCUGACCUACAUACUCUACCUUACUCUUAUUUCGCUGGAAGAAACAUUUGCACACAGUGGGUACUCCACAAUGCCCACCAAUUUCAUACUGGGAGGAAUAGCACGUCGGACCGACAAUCACUUACUAUGCGGCGGAGAGGGGAACUUUGGGCCGUGGGGGCUGUGCGAUUUGGUUAUGGGCACGUCUGUCGGGGCGGACAUUGUUGACGAUGUGGUCGCCGAAGCGGAUAAGCAUGAUGUGCCGGAAAGGAUGGCGAAGAUGAAGAAUAGGGCGAAGAAGGUCAACGGAAAGGUCAACGAUACGAAAGGAGGUGUGCGGAGGAGGACGAGGAAUCGAAGCGAGGAUUGA